AUGGCGAGUUGCUCCUUCGCUUGCGACCAAGCGACAAGGAGUCUGAGAGCUACACCAGCGGCGACAGCAGCAGCUCUAGCUGUGGUGGCGACCACCCCACUUCUUUCGUCAGGAACACCGACCGCACCCAUUGGGACCGGGUCGUCUUGUCCGGGAGCCAUGUGGCUCUCCACAGCCACUGGCUCCCGGUCAGAUUCUGAGUCCGAUGAGGAGGACCUCCCCGUCGGGGAGGAAGUCUGCAAACGGGGCUACCUGCGGAAGCAGAAGCAUGGGCACAGGCGCUACUUCGUGCUCAAACUCGAGACCGCCGACGCCCCAGCUCGGCUGGAGUACUAUGAAAAUGCCAGGAAGUUCCGGCACAGUGUCCGCGCCGCGGCAGCUGCAGCCGCGGCGGCAGCCUCGGGCGCCGCGUUCCCCGCGCUCAUUCCACCGCGGCGCGUGAUCACCCUGUACCAGUGCUUCUCGGUGAGCCAGCGAGCCGACGCAAGGUACAGACAUCUCAUCGCCCUUUUCACCCAGGACGAGUACUUCGCUAUGGUGGCCGAGAACGAGUCGGAGCAAGAGAGCUGGUACUUGCUGCUCAGCCGCCUCAUCCUCGAGAGCAAACGCCGCCGCUGCGGCACGCCUGGCGCGCCGCUGGAUGGAGGGCCGGCCGCGCUGGCGUCCGCAGCGGCGGCGGAGCCACCCUUCUACAAAGAUGUGUGGCAGGUAAUAGUCAAGCCCAGGGGGCUGGGGCAUAGAAAAGAGCUGAGCGGCGUGUUCCGGCUCUGUCUUACCGACGAGGAGGUUGUGUUUGUGAGGCUGAACACCGAAGUGGCCAGCGUGGUCGUCCAGCUCCUGAGCAUCCGUCGCUGCGGGCACUCGGAGCAGUACUUCUUCUUGGAAGUCGGCAGGUCCACGGUCAUCGGUCCGGGGGAAUUGUGGAUGCAGGUCGAUGACUGUGUGGUGGCCCAAAACAUGCACGAGCUCUUUUUGGAGAAGAUGAGAGCCUUGUGUGCAGACGAAUACAGAGCCCGCUGCCGCAGCUACAGCAUCAGCAUUGGCGCCCACCUGUUAACCCUGCUGUCCACUAGGAGGCACCUGGACAUGCUGCCUCUCGAGCCCAGCGGCUGGCUCAGAAGGUCCCGCUUUGAACAGUUUUGCCACCUCCGGGCCAUCGGUGACGGGGAAGACGAGAUGCGCCUCACCAGACGCUACGUAACACCCAGCGAGCCUGUGCCCCAUUCCAGACGAGGAAGACUACACCUGCCCAGAGCGCGUAGGUCCAGGAGAGCGGUUUCAGUGCCAGCCAGCUUUCUUCGCAGCCAAGCACCCAGCCUGGUGCGUACCCCGCCCCCUGCAGAAGACCCCAGCCACAGAGCUUGCCUGUCUCCUGAAGCACCUGGUUCCGGCUCCUGCAACUCUAGGAAUGAAAGCAUUCCUCAGGGCCAAGAGGGCCAGGAAGGAAACGGAGGAGGUGACUACAUGCCCAUGGACAACUGGGGCUCAGGACAUGGCCAGAGCUCAGGAGGGGGCCAGAGUUCAACUGGCCAAGGUUCCAGCAGCCAGAGCUCAGGAGGAAACCAGUGCUCAGGCAGGGGGCAGGACUCCGGAGGUGGCCAGGGCUCAGGGGGCCAGGGUGCAGGAGGAAGUCAGUGCUCAGGAGGUGGCCAGGGCACCGGAGGUGGGCGAGGCUCAGGCAGUGGCCAGGGAGCCGGUGGUGGUCACAGCUCAGGCAGUGGCCAGGGAGCUGGUGGAGGUCAUGGCUCAGGCAGUGGCCAGGGACCAGGAGAUGGCAAUGGCUCAGGUGGUGGCAAAGACUCCAGAUGGGGCAAAGGCUCAGGAAGUGGUAAAGGCUCCGAUGGCAAUGGUGAACGCAGGAAAUCGCUGAAAAAAAGAUCCUACUUUGGCAAAUUAACUCAAAGCAAGCAACAUCAAAUGCCACCACCUCCACCUCCACCUCCGCCAGGUGGAGCAACUGGUGGAAAAGGGAAGCCUGGAGGAAGGUUCCGACUUUAUUUUUGUGCUGACAGAGGAGCCACAAAAGAACACAAAGAAACCAAAGAAGUCAAAGAUGCAGAGUCCUCAGAUGGUGCAGCUGGGGGUCCCCCAAAAGCCAGAGCUUUUGAUGAAGAUGAGGAUGACCCAUACAUGCCAAUGAGGCCAGGGGUGGCUGCCCCUCUUGCAAGCUCCAGUGAUUAUAUGCCGAUGGCUCCUCAAAAUGUUUCUUCUUCAAGAAACCUCCACUCUCGAUCCCCUUUUGAAGAUUCAAGAGGGUACAUGAUGAUGUUUCCCAGAGUGAGCCCACCACCAGCCCCCAGUCCUCCAAAAGCAUCCGAUCCUGAUAAAGAGGAUGACUCUAAGGACAAUGACAGUGACGGUGAUUACAUGUUUAUGGCUCCUGGAGCCGGUGCAGUUCCAAAAAACCCCAGAAAUCCUCAGGGCGACUCUUCCUCCAAAAGUUGGAGCUCCUACUUCUCUCUGCCAAAUCCUUUUCGGAGCUCCCCGUUGGGACAGAGUGACCACAGUGAGUAUGUACCAAUGUUAUCUGGAAAACUGGAGAAGGGCCCAGACAAAGAAACCCUGUCUAUCGGGGGCCCCAAAGAUGUAGCCUCAAAGCCUUCAGUUGAGGGCUCAUUCUCAAGGCCUGGAGAUGGGGGGUCACCUUCAAAGACUUCAGAUGAUGAGUCCCCCAAGAACAAGGCUAAGCGUCUUAACCGACUUUCUUUUAUUGCAAAGGGAAAUAAAAUCAAGCCAAUACCACAACAGCCCACAUACGAGCAGAAAGAGGCUGAUAGCUCUAGUGACUAUGUCAAUACUGACUUCACUGAAAGAAAUAGCAAUAUGCUAGCCCCCUUUACUCAAGGACUGCCACAUUCCUGGGGCAUAGUUGCUGACCCCCGACAGUCGGCCUUUUCUCGUUAUGUGAAUGUUGAGUUCAGAGUGCCAUUUCAAAAUCUAGCAAACGACCUCUCAAACCUUUUAAGAGCUAUUCCAGGUGCCAACCUCUUCUCUCUGGAUGGUGCUAGGUGGCCACUUCUGCCUCUUCUUCCCAGUGCUACAGGGAGCAAUGCUAAUGAGGAAGAGUGUGACUACAUUGAUGUGAUUUUCAACCCAGCAAUGACACCAGCCGUGCCUUUUGCUGACAGGGCCAUUCGCUACGAUGCUGAAACAGGUCGCAUCUAUGUGGUCGACCCAUUUUCUGAGUGCUGUAUGGACAUUUCUGUCUCCCCCAGCCGCUGCUCUGAACCACCACCUGUAGCUAGGCUGCUGCUGCAGGAAGAAGAGCUCGAGAGAAGACACCCACAAAGUCGCUCUCGAGGUUUCUUUGCCUCUGCCAGCGCCGCUGUCUCGGCUUUCCCAACCGACAGCCUGGACAGAGACCUCUAUGCCUCCUUAGCCUCCGCUGCCGCUGCGGUCCUUGUGCCAACCUUUGCCGUGGGCCGGGCUUUAGCCAUUGCCUCCGUCCUCGUUGUGGCCCCGGGCAUUGGCGCAGCAGCCCUCGGCUUUGACGCCGCCAUUGGAUUUAACUCCGCCUCUGUCCGCUGUUUCCAACCUGUUACUAAUGCUGCUGGUGCCGAAGCGGUAAGGGGUGCCCAGGUCGUUGCCGGUGCCUGGAAUCCUAGAGCCCCAAACCCAUCUUCGGACCUUGCCGGAGGUGAGAACCUGGCUGGCGGCGCUGCAGCUGCAGCUGCUACUCCCCCACCAUCACCUGGCCGCUGGGUGCCGAGACCACCAGAGCGAGAAGAUUCUGACGAUGAUGACGACGACACGUACGUGAGGAUGGACUUUGCCAGACCUGACAACAAGAAAUUCGACUCUCCCCAAAGAGAGUGAUUACAUUGCCACAAAAACACCUUUUAGAAGAAAAAGGAUGCUUAUGAAAUAUCAUCUUUGUCUACUCC